AAACGCCAAGAGCAAAUUGCACUUGACCGGAAGUCAUGCAACAAGCUCUGAGCUUCUACCGCGCCAUCUACCGCACUGCGGGGCUCAUGCCGUCCAAGGACCGGACGCGCUUUGUGCGUCGGCGGCUGCGCGCCGAGUAUGAAAAGUACCGCCACGAGACCAGCCCCGAGCGCGUUGCGUUCUUGCUCCAGGUCGCCGACACGCAGCUCGACACACUCCGCGUUCAAGUCGACCACUACAACCAAGUCUUUUCCGACCCCAGCUACCACCAAGUCUAGUGCAUGGAUACUGAAAUCAAGUAAAAAACCAACGCCUGUGCCGCC